CAUCUUCUGAAAACGAAAAAUAAUUAGAAAAUCAGGUGAAUCGUGAAGUAUUGAAUGAGAAGAGGCAAUUAAAAAUCUCCCGUGACUCUCGUCUCCCCAUCUCUCUCUCUCCCUCUGCCCAAAUUUCUGGGGCAAAUUUGUUCAUCAGAUCUACUACAAUCUCUCUUUUUCUUCGGGUAUGGAGGGCCAACGAGGCAGUAAUUCUUCGUUGAGCUCUGGCAAUGGCACCGAAGUCGCCACCGACGUUUCUUCUUGCUUCUAUGUUCCCAAUCCCUCUGGAACCGAUUUCGAUGCCGAGUCGUCUUCUCUUCCUCCUCUCUCCCCAGCUCCUCAAGUGGCAUUGUCAAUUCCUGCGGAGCUUGCCGCCGCCAUUCCCCUCAUCGAUCGCUUCCAGGUUGAAGCUUUUCUGCGGCUAAUGCAGAAACAAAUCCAGUCUGCUGGGAAGCGUGGCUUCUUCUAUUCCAAAAAGUCCUCUGGCUCCAAUGUCCGCGAGCGCUUCACAUUUGAGGAUAUGCUUUGCUUUCAAAAGGAUCCAAUCCCCACAUCUCUCCUCAAGAUUAACAGCGAUCUCGUCAGCCGUGCUACCAAGUUGUUUCAUCUCAUCUUAAAAUAUAUGGGUGUUGAUUCAUCUGAUCGAUCUACGCCUCCCAGUUUAGAUGAACGCAUUGACCUCGUUGGAAAGCUCUUCAAAAAAACUUUGAAGCGUGUUGAACUCAGGGACGAACUUUUUGCCCAAAUCUCCAAACAGACUAGACAUAAUCCUGACAGGCAAUACUUGAUCAAAGCUUGGGAAUUGAUGUACUUAUGUGCCUCCUCUAUGCCUCCUAGCAAAGAUAUCGGUGGAUAUCUAUCUGAGUAUAUUCAUAAUGUCGCACACGAUGCAACUAUUGAACCGGAUGCUCAGGUUCUUGCUGUUAACACUUUGAAAGCUUUAAAGCGCUCUAUCAAAGCUGGUCCUAGGCACACCACACCUGGUCGUGAAGAAAUUGAAGCCCUUUUGACCGGUAGAAAGCUCACAACCAUUGUCUUCUUUCUCGAUGAAACUUUUGAAGAAAUUUCAUAUGACAUGGCUACCACAGUGUCUGAUGCUGUUGAGGAGCUAGCUGGAACAAUUAAACUAUCAGCUUUCUCUAGCUUUAGUUUGUUUGAAUGUCGUAAAGUUGUUUCAAGUUCUAAAUCAUCUGAUCCCGGAAAUGAGGAAUAUAUAGGAUUGGAUGAUAACAAGUAUAUUGGAGAUCUCCUCGCAGAAUUUAAAGCUAUUAAAGAUCGAAAUAAAGGAGAGAUACUACACUGCAAACUGGUAUUUAAAAAAAAAUUAUUCCGAGAGUCUGAUGAAGCUGUAACAGAUCUGAUGUUUGUGCAACUUUCGUAUGUUCAACUGCAACAUGACUAUUUGCUAGGAAACUAUCCUGUUGGGAGGGACGAUGCUGCACAGCUUUGUGCCUUGCAAAUUCUUGUUGGGAUUGGGUUUGUCAAUAGUCCAGAGUCAUGCAUUGAUUGGACAUCACUUCUUGAGCGGUUUUUGCCAAGACAAAUAGCAAUAACCCGAGCAAAGCGUGAAUGGGAAUUGGAUAUCCUUGCUCGCUACCGUUCAAUGGAGAACGUGACCAAAGAUGAUGCAAGACAACAAUUUCUACGGAUACUGAAGGCACUGCCAUACGGGAAUUCAGUUUUUUUUAGCGUACGCAAGAUAGAUGAUCCGAUCGGUCUUUUACCUGGGCGAAUCAUUUUGGGUAUCAACAAACGUGGGGUUCACUUUUUUCGACCGGUUCCUAAAGAAUAUCUGCACUCUGCUGAACUACGUGACAUCAUGCAAUUUGGCAGCAGUAACACUGCUGUCUUUUUCAAAAUGAGAGUCGCUGGUGUUCUUCACAUAUUUCAGUUCGAGACAAAACAGGGAGAAGAAAUUUGUGUUGCUUUGCAAACACAUAUAAAUGAUGUCAUGUUGCGUCGUUACUCCAAAGCUCGAUCUGCUGCCAAUAGCUUGGUUAAUGGAGAUAUAUCUUGUAGUUCUAAGCCGCAAAAUUUUGAAGUGUAUGAAAAACGUUUGCAAGAUUUGUCUAAGGCUUAUGAAGAGUCCCAAAAGAAGAUUGAGAAGUUGAUGGAUGAACAACAAGAGAAAAAUCAGCAAGAAGUUACUCUGCGUGAAGAGUUAGAAGCUAUACACAAUGGUUUGGAGCUUGAAAGGAGAAAAUUGUUGGAGGUUACUUUAGACCGAGAUAAACUUAGGUCAUUGUGUGACGAGAAGGGAACAACUAUUCAAUCCUUGAUGUCUGAACUGCGAGGAAUGGAAGCAAGGUUGGCAAAGUCGGGCAACACAAAAUCAAGUAAAGAGACAAAAUCAGAAUUAGCCGAAAUGAAUAAUCAGAUAUUAUACAAGAUCCAAAAGGAGUUAGAAGUUCGAAAUAAGGAAUUGCAUGUCGCAGUUGAUAAUUCAAAGAGGUUGUUGAGUGAAAACAAGAUAUUGGAGCAAAAUCUCAAUAUUGAAAAGAAGAAAAAAGAGGAGGUUGAAAUUCAUCAAAAGAGAUAUGAACAAGAAAAAAAGGUGUUAAAGCUUCGAGUUUCUGAACUUGAAAAUAAGCUUGAAGUACUUGCUCAAGACUUGGAUAGUGCUGAGUCUACGAUUGAAAGUAAGAAUUCUGACAUGCUGCUGUUGCAAAAUAACUUGAAAGAACUUGAGGAGUUAAGAGAAAUGAAAGAGGACAUUGACAGAAAAAAUGAGCAAACAGCUGCCAUUUUGAAAAUGCAAGGAGCCCAACUUGCUGAGCUAGAAAUACUUUAUAAGGAAGAACAAGUUUUAAGGAAAAGAUACUAUAAUACCAUAGAAGAUAUGAAAGGGAAGAUUAGAGUUUAUUGUCGAAUAAGACCUCUAAAUGAAAAAGAGAGUUCAGAGAGGGAAAAACAAAUGCUGACAACUGUGGAUGAGUUUACUGUUGAACAUCCAUGGAAAGACGACAAAAGAAAGCAACACAUAUAUGAUCGCGUAUUUGACAUGCGUGCUAGUCAAGAUGAUAUCUUUGAAGACACAAAGUAUUUGGUACAGUCGGCUGUAGAUGGGUAUAACGUUUGCAUCUUUGCAUAUGGUCAAACUGGUUCUGGAAAAACUUUCACUAUAUAUGGGCAUGAGAGCAAUCCUGGACUCACACCUCGAGCUACAAAGGAACUGUUCAACAUAUUAAAGCGAGAUAGCAAGAGAUUUUCAUUUUCUCUAAAGGCAUAUAUGGUGGAACUUUAUCAAGACACACUUGUAGACCUUUUGUUACCAAAAAGUGCAAGACGCUUGAAACUAGAGAUUAAAAAAGAUUCAAAGGGAAUGGUCUUUGUAGAGAAUGUGACAACUAUUCCUAUAUCAACUUUGGAGGAACUGCGAAUGAUUCUUGAACGGGGAUCGGAACGACGACAUGUUUCUGGAACAAAUAUGAAUGAAGAAAGCUCAAGAUCUCACCUCAUAUUAUCAGUUGUUAUUGAAAGUAUUGAUCUUCAAACCCAGUCUGCUGCGAGGGGCAAGCUGAGUUUUGUGGAUCUUGCUGGUUCUGAGAGAGUUAAAAAGUCGGGCUCAGCUGGUUGUCAACUCAAAGAAGCUCAAAGUAUCAACAAAUCACUUUCUGCAUUAGGUGAUGUUAUUGGUGCUUUAUCUUCUGGCAACCAGCAUAUUCCUUAUAGGAAUCACAAGCUAACGAUGUUGAUGAGCGAUUCAUUGGGCGGCAAUGCCAAGACGUUAAUGUUUGUUAAUGUGUCUCCAGCCGAAUCAAAUUUGGACGAGACGUACAAUUCUCUUCUAUAUGCAUCGAGAGUGAGAACGAUCGUGAAUGAUCCCAGCAAACAUAUAUCAUCCAAAGAGAUGGUGCGAUUGAAGAAGUUGGUAGCAUACUGGAAAGAGCAAGCCGGUAAAAAAGGUGAGGAAGAAGACUUGGUGGAUAUUGAGGAAGAUCGUACACGAAAAGAUGAGGCAGAUAGUUGAAGAAAGCUGACAUGAAAUUCGUCUAGGUGAAAUUGAGACUAUAGUAUCACUGGUUUUCACCAUUCUUUUUGUAGGAAGUUCCUGCUUUAUAGUAGAGUUUCUAUCGAAGAGUAGUCCUAUAUGUCUCAAACUUUCUCUCUUUUGAUGAGAUCUUCAUUACAAGAAAUGAAAAAAAAAAAAAAAAAUUCAAGGAAAAAAAAAAAAAAUCUCUUUUUGUUUGACCUUUUUUUUUUUGAAUAAAACUUUUUUUCAUUC